AUGUGCAGACUACGCCAUCUCAUUCCGCCCUCCAUCACUCCAUCGCACGCAAUCCCUCCAUCUCAUACCAUCACCCAAUUUCAAAUCACCCCCCCGUCUCACGCAAUCCAUCCAACCCCCUCCCAUCCAACACCAUAUUUCAAACCCCCUCUGUCCCUCCCCCUCUGUCCAUCCCUCUCUCUCCCUCCUCUCUCCCUCGCCCUCUCCCCCCCCCCCCCUCUCUCCCUCCUCCUCUCUCCCUCCCCCUCUGUCCCUCCCCCUCGUUCCCUCCCCCACUGUCUCUGUCCCUCUGUCCCUACCCCUUUGUCCCUCCCACUCUCUCCCUCCCCCUCUCCCCCUCCCCCUCUCACCCUCCUUCUCUGUCCCGUGUAUGUGGGGGGAAGGAUGUUGAGUACGUGUGGGGGAGGAGGGCGGGUAUGCGGGGGGGAGGAGGGCGGGUAUGCGGGGGGGAGGAGGGCGGAUAUGUGGGGCGGAGGAGGGCGGGUAUGUGGGGGGGAGGAGGGCGGGUAUGUGGGGGGGAGGAGGGCGGCUAUGCGGGGGGGAGGAGGGCGGAUAUGUGGGGCGGAGGAGGGCGGGUAUGUGGGGGGGAGGAGGGCGGGUAUGUGGGGGGGAGGAGGGCGGGUAUGUGGAGGGGAGGAGGCGGGUAUGUGGGGGGGAGGAGGCGGGUAUGUGGGGGGGAGGAGGGCGUGUGGUGUUGGCCGAAGGCAGUUGGUGUGGGGAGAAGAAGGUGGAUGGUGUAUGUGGGGGGAAAGGCGUGUGGUGCGUGGUGGGAAAACCGGGCCAUCAAUUCUAUUCCUUGCCACUGUGCUCCAGUCGCGUCUGACUAUAGCGAGGACAGAUUCGUCCCCGGCCCACGUGGACUUUGAGUACUCGGACACGCUCUGUGGCACGGCAUGGCGGGACGACUACGUCCGCCUGCACUCCGCCAUUCGCGCCGCCAGUGCCGCCGCCUACACCCCGCCUCCCUCUCCCCCUCCCCCUCCCUCCUCCCGCCGAUUGCUCUCUCUCGCAAAUUCCCCAUCACUGCUACCACCAACCGCAGCAGCAGCAGCAGCGGCAGUCCCAGACCCAAGCCUGUCAGAUCAGGCCCUCCCGGCUUCGUCCGUCCGUUUCCUCACCUUCGACGAGCACGGGCACUGCGGCGGGUUCGGGGACUUUCUAGUGGGCGUCGUCUCCUCCUUUGUCGCCGCGCUCUUAGACCGCCGGGCGUUUGUGAUCCGGCACGACUGCGUCCAGUACGCGUUCGAGCCCGCAUUCAUCGACUGGCGCCCGUCCCCUGAUGUUCCCAUGGAGCCUUCCCGGCGCACGGGUAACCUGAACGAGUCUUUCCCGCCGGGGGAGGUUCCGUUUCUCGAUUUGAACGGGAAUCGGGUGGAUUUGCAGCAGCUGGCGAAGUUUAAGGCGUUUCGGAACGUGAAGGUGCUGUGGAACCGGGGGAUUUUGACGGAGAUGCUUACAAACGGGACGGGCGAGUGGGCCGAUGCGCUCAGGGCGACCGGACUGCGCCCACCGUACGCCUUCGGCUGCAUUCUCCGGUUCCUUGUCAGGCCCAGGAAGGAGGUGUGGCCGCUGGUGGCGCGGCUGAUGCAGGAGAUGCGGGAGGUGCGGACGGUGGUGGUGGGGGUGCACGUGCGGCUGAGCGACAGUGCGGUGCGAGACCCCCACGCCACCACCAGCAGCGUCACUCCUGCCUCCAUGGCUGCUGCUAUGGAGCACGCUGCUCCCAUUCUGGCCUGUGCUAAGGCAGUGGAGGACAUGUGGUACCCCCCGCCUCUCACCGUGCGCUGGAUGCUCAUCACCAACUCCAUCGACUUCAAGAUGGCCAUUCGCUCGCACUUCCCCGGCAAGAUACUCGAAACAAAUUUCGUGCCGCGGCACUCACAGGCAUUCGGGGACAAGGACACAGAGGAGGCAAAGAGGGAAGCAGAGCAGGGCUAUCAAGAGAUGGUGGCUGAGUGGCUCCUGCUGUCGUCUAGCAACUCCUUUGUUCUGCCAAUCUCAGGGUUUUCACGAACCGCGGCUAUGUACUCUCUACGACCAAUGGCUAUCUAUACUCCGCCGCAUUACUGCGACCCGGAACGGCCACAUCAGCAAACAGAUUUCGGGAUUGCAUACAGUGGGAUCUAG